AUGGUGGGAGUGAGGCCCCGCAGCGCCAAGGCUGACCCUGGACCCAAACCUGCCAAGCGCCCUCGUCUCCAACUGGACCAGCCUGUUCCACAUGACCUGGAAGGGCCUAUGCAGCCUUCCAGUGACAGGCUGACCUCCGCCUCCACUUGGCCAGGACAUCCUGAGUUCUCACCCACCAGGCCGCUUGGGUCUGCACUCCUGGACUUGCCCCGGGAACACAUAGUCAUCGAGCCAGGAUCCAUCAGUCCUUCUUCGGUAAGGGACAAUGAGGUUUUGGAAUCUGCCUCUCCCUCAGAGAGGCCAUGGAUGAAUGUUCCAGCUGGCCUGACCCCAGGGCUUCAUCUCUCUUCUUCUUCAUUCCAGGACCAAGUCCCAGAUUGCUGGAGUCCUUCAGACUCUCCGAGUGCAGAGAGCUAUGAUCCGUGGUCUACCUGGAGCCUUAAAGGCAGCAUGCUGGAGCCCCUUCCAGGCUCGCCACUGCAGCCUCUCCCUCCAUCUCCUCCUUCAAGUGCACAAGAACAGCGCCCACUGAGUCCUAUGAGACCUACUCGCCCUCCGUGCAAGGCCAGGAGGCGCCUCUUCUAG